ACAUAUUGCUCCUCAAAAAACAAUUUGACAUGGAACUCUUUACCAUCAUAGGGAUCGAGUGAGCGCCUUCUCUGCGCGCUGUUUCAUGUCUUGGUUGGGCGAUCAACUCUCAUUCAAGAGCCCAAAACUUGAUUCAAGUCAGACGCGGGGAUCCUUCCAAAACAAACAGUUAUUGUCAGGGCGCCGGAGAAGGAACUUUACCCCUCCAACGUGACGGAUAAUUCAAUCUUGCAUGAAGAAAAGGUGACACAAACCCGCUCCUGAGAAACGAGAUGGGCUGCCUGCGGAAGAUCUGAUGAGGAACGAAACAGUUGCCAUGGAAACACACCAAGGGGACCCCGUGUUCGGAAACAGAAUCUUUGUAGCUGAUUUCUGGAUUAAAUCAUAGAGCAAUCGAAAUGCUUUUCAUCAAUCAGUAAUUCGGGACCACCGGACCGAGAGUGAACAAAUAAGAUGAUGCGCCACGUGCUUCGACUCCUGGGCCUUCAUCAUUGCUCAUGGCGCCGAUGUACCACAGUCCUCAGCAUCCUCCUAGUCGUCAACACUGCCUUCCAUUGGACCCUGGUCGAUGAUGUCCACUCCCGAUCACGUCAACUGGGUCAACGGAGCUCGAUCUCGAUGUCGAAUGACGGUGGCGGGUUGCCGUUUCGAGAGCGAGUGAUCAGCAUCAAUAAAUGGUACGACGAAUUGAAGGGUGGGAAGGCGGACGGCAGAGGCAUCGACUUCGAUGACGUCGAGACCAAAUAUGAUGGAAAGAAAAAAGGAAAUGAUGAGGACAACCUGAUAACGUACAUAACGAGAAAACCUUCAAACAGACGUCCUCUUGGAGAGUUGCAUUUAUCUACAAACCGUAGUGUUGCUGGGUCUCAUCUGACUCGGUCAAAAAUACAAAGGGUUGAAGGAGAUGCGCACGAAAACCAUCGGCUGGUUUCGGCUUCGCUCGGAAGUCCUCGGAAUGGAAGUGAUAUUGUUAGAAAAGUGGAAAUAAGUCGAAAGGAAAUUGAAAGCAUGAGGGAAAGGGUUCAGACACGACGGAGGGAGAUUAGAAAUAAGAGCAUGGCGGAAAAUGUUGAAAACAAGCUUGCGUUUUUGAGAAAAUCUGCAGUAAGAACCCGGUCGACUUCAGCAAAAAAUAGCAAUCAAACUAGAAAUCAGGUUGUGAAACUGAUAGAGAUGAUCAAGGCUGCAACGGAAUGCAAUGUUGUAGAAGUUCAUUCAAACGAAAAGAUUCGAUUCUACAGCCAACCAAGUUGGCUUCACGCAAGUGACAUAGACGAUAUGAACUUUUUGGCGGGCUCUUGGGUAUUAAGCAGACGAUUUCAUCGACAGCUCGAGACACCUCUAUCGGUUAAUCGUCUUGUACUCGCCUCGAAUGACGAAAUCGAACGUCUGGUGGGUAAUUACGAACGAAAAGAAGAGAAAGUUGACACCGAAAUGGAAUGUCAUCAAUCGCAGCGUACAUUGGUUUGUCAAGCAGCAUGGUGUUCGAUUGAUUUAAGCCUGGUGGUGGCAUUUCAUUUGGACCGGGUAAUUGGUUUGAACGUUACUCUCCCGACAGUUGGCCGGGAGCUGCCGCUUGGGACACGGCACCCUCCCGCGUUGCAACAUGUCAAGCAAUCGAACACGACGCAGGGCUCCAACUUUGUACUCGACGUUGACCUUCCUGUCCGGGUUGUCGCACUCAUUGUGACGUCAUCGAGGAAGUUACAUUCGGGACCUGCUGCUGAGCGAGGGGCCGCCGAACAUGACCGCUUUUUGACGAGGAAGGCGACUGAACGCAAAUUGGAAGUUUCACCCGAUCUGUCUGAAAAGCUGUUUAUCUUCUGUUAUAUUUUAAAGAUAUCAAAUUGCAGCACCGAAAUCUGGACAACCCAUCUCAACUCGCUGCAUUCCUCUCACCCAUCAAACUUCAACGAAUCGAUCUACGGCUAUUGCGAUACCAAUAUAUCGUCACCAAUCAGCGUGUUUCGAUCAUCGAUGAUUCCAGAUCGAAAAGACAAUAUUCUGUUAAAGAGAUUCAAAAGAAUAUCACCAGAAAAUAUGGAGCUCCUCCAGGCUGGUCGACUACGACAGCGACUCCUUCAGUCUUUAUUCCUCGAUCGCGUCUUCUGGUCCGAGGCCGGUGGUCGUCACGGCAUCGAGAUCAUUCUUGACAUCAUCGACGGACGCGUCAAGGAACUCUUCGAAUGGCUAUCACGAUUUUCAAACGCGAGAAAGAAGAAACGGAAAAUAUGAAUCUGUGCGAAUUUCUAUGACUAGUCUUUUCUGAAAUUGCCAAAGUUUUUUUUUAAUUCCAUUUCUUUACUUUGCGUUGUGAAGUAAUUUUGAAUUUUCAUUUAUUUAUUAAUUUCUAUACAGAGUGCUGUGUUGAUGAGAGGGUUUUUUUUUCAAAAUUGUUUUAAAACUAGUUUGGCUGAAUAAAUGUCAUAACGCUGCAAUAGCAAUGCUGUCUUUGAUGUAUUAUUUAUUGGCUUUGAUAAUGUGUAUUUAUAUUACAGGAUAGUACUUAACUGGUCUAAACAGUAUAAACAACCUGUUACCUUUUUUGUAUACAAUACCCGUUUUAAUAUAAUACUAUAAUUUCAUUAAUGUUCGUGAAUAGUCCUAAGAAAAUUCAAACAAAAUGUAAACAAAUUUGAACAGCGGUGUUCAACUUAAAUUAAUCAUAACAGACAAUUUAACACUGUUGUCUCAAUUUCAAAAGUCUUGUUUAAAGUUUAAACAAUAUUUUAUAUUUCCAUAAAGUAAACCAUGAGUGUUAUAAAGCAUUUUUACUGUGUAUACAAUUGUUACGUUGGUGGGAAAUGUAAUGUCCUUUUGCUUGAUAUAAUAGCCUUGCUCUUCUUACUUUACUUAACCUCCAUCACAUUUUCUUAUGCUGAACAAUAAAGUGAUUUGCAGUUAGCUUUACAAUCCUCAAGUAAAAUUAAACCCUGAACAAACAGGAAAAUCAUAAGGUUUUGGCAAUAUUAAUUCUUGUAAGUUUCAUGUACACAUGCAAGAAUAUGAUAUUCUCGAUAGUUCAUUCAAUAUGAUAAAUUGAGUAAAAAUACUGGUGAAAAUGGUGUUAACAUGGUUUGCGGAAUGCCCAAUAAAUGCUAAUGUAAAUUCAUUUGUCAUUGGUAUAAUAAAAGUCCUUGAUCAAAGUUAUGAAAUUACAAAAAACAGCUGAAAACUUUUUGACCUGCUAAUAUACGGGUAUAACCGGGUUAUGUGCAAUGGAUCCGGUCAAAUAUCCGACUUUAAGUUGAAGGGGUCCACUUCUUUAUACAUCAUUUAUAUAAAGGUACUGACAGCAAAAUUAGUGUACGUAUGAUGUAAUUGGAUAAAUUCCUUGCUAUCGAAUUAAGUUCUGUCUCAACUUCCCCCUUUUCCACUUGCUUUAAUUAUUUUUUAUUUUAAAACGUCAGAAAUUCUAAGUUUUUGCGUCUUAAAUUAUUUUUGUUUAUUUUUUUUCAGUUUUUGUAGUAAGAAUCAUUUGAAUACGUUAAACGCGAAAUAACUACAUUGUGAACUCAAUCAUUUAUGAAGUAAUAAAACAAUUUUGUAUUUUUUGGUAAUUUUUAGUAGUUUUGUUUCAGAAUAAUUAUUGGAUCAUAUCACUCGCUUUGCCUAUGCGACAUAGAUUUGUAUUUGAUAAAAAUAAACAAAAUAAACAUAUGCUUGGUUUAAGAAGUCAUAUAGUAAGUUUAUUCUAAGUCUAGUAAAUCAUGAUAAGAAUAUUUUAUCGACAUAUGAAUCUGGAAAUGAAGAUUGUAUGGUUUUUCAGCUGUACUUCAAAAUCCGACAGCGCAAAAACUAGCUCUUUCAUUAGAUCCGCGCAUACAAUCUUUAAAAAAAUGAAACAAUGUAUAAACUCGUCACUCUAAAAGCUAUUGUUCAAAAAUUUCAAAAGAGGUCUUAUCUUUAAACAAGUUGUUCAAACAAAAAGUUGUUAAAAUAAUCUUUAGAGUGACGGGCUUAAACAGCGUACUUGAGUUUUUUUAAACAACAUUUUUUACAGUGCAGAAUGGUUUAUCAUUGCAGGAACAAAACAAAUUUCGCAUUAUUAUGAAUUUGUUAAUGACGCAUAUUCUCUCUUUGUAAAUUAUUUUACAUCGGAUUUUUGUAGUGUCAUUUGCAGAGCUUGAAAACUACUUUAACGAUUAUUGCUACAUAAUGUGCCAUUAAUUAAAAUGUGACUAUCAGCAUAACCUAAGAUUUUCAGAAGUGU